AUGCCGCAACCGCGAGAGAAGCGAUACCAGAAGAGGACAAUCAAUCCGUUUGAAGUGAAUACGGUCCUGGAACAAGUUCCGGAUGAAGUAACUCUGGCGGCAUAUUUCGUAAACAUUAAAAAAACAGACAUCUCCGGUAUUUUGCGAGAUACUCCCUCGACACCGAUCUCUCAGUCGCCGCAAAGUUCGUCCUGUAGUCCAUUCACCACCGGCUACUACAAUGGUGCAGGAAUUUCGGGAUCAGCUCCACCAAUCAGCAGCAGCCAGGGGCAAGUGUUUUUUCCGCAGACUCCUACCGGAUUGGGUCCUCCGACGACUCCACUCGGUGUGGGUGGCGGAAACUAUCGAGGUCGAGUGUUCUUCGGCCAACCUACGCCCAGUCCCUCGGGAAGUAGCAGCUACAGCAGCCAGCACAGUGGCAACAGUCCCGCAGAUUCGAACCCGUCCUGCUCCUCGGCGGCACCGAUUUAUCACCAUUUCCCAACGACGUUCUCAUCUCCGGCCAGUGGAACAAACAGCAGCAGCAGCAACAGCAACAACAUCACAACGACAUCCCCAAGUAUGACAACAACCAUCGGAGCGGUAGCAGGAACCUCCGGAGGCACCGUUGUAACCUGGAGCAGUGGAGACGAUGGCAACGAGUCGAGCAGCAGCAGUAGCAGCAGCAGUGAUUCCUCUUCCGCUGGAGGAGCAACCGGAGGCUGCAGUCCCCUCUGCCUUGGACAUCAAGUGAUGCACAACCACCACAUGCAGCAUCUGCAGCACCCUCAGCAACACCUGGACAGUAUAGGUGGCUCACUGAUGGGUGCGGCCGGGGGAGGAGUAGGAACAGUAGGAGUAGGAUCAAGCGGCUCAGGGUUCAUUCCACCUCAUUUGGACUACAUGGCCGGUCGUGAACAGCUCCAGGAGUUCACCGGCAAGAUUCCGCAGCGAAAGAAGAAAUCCAAACCGAACAAAUCCAAGAAAACGAGAUUUCUGGAGCAGACACUCGUUUGGCCAACGCUAGCCGUAACUGCCACCCUAAUCGCCCUGGGCUGUGGACUGCUGGCCGCGCGGUAGAAGCUAGAAGGAAGCACCUCCAGAGAUCCUUGUCCCAUCGAGAUUGGCAAAAAAAAAUUAAGAACAACACAGUCCCCGCAGGUCAGCUUCGAUCCCGAUACGCGCAACUAGACGCGCAGACGACUGUCCUCUUUUUACGCAUCAGGCUGGUCCCGCAAACGCAAACUCGUCUUACGCACGCCACUUAAAGAAAACGCAUCAAGGAAACGAGACCACGCGGAUGACACACGCACCAAGAGUCGAGGCGUGUAUUUCUUGCACCCCGGGAGUGAAGCGCACUUGAACCUGAACCUGUUUCUGUGUUCUGCAUGUUUGUGGUUUUGUUUUGAUUUGCCAGAAGGGGUGGAUCUCACGCUAUUAGAGCGAAUUUACCCAUAAUUUUUUUAAAGCUUCUUUCUUAUACUCUUUUACCACAUGUUAUUGUUGAUGAUGUUGAUGCGUAGACGAACGCCUCAAACUCCAGUAGCAGUAGCUCAACAUUUUCAGGACCGGAUGUUCGAGGGCCCCGGAGGGUCUCCUCACACAGGUUUAUUUUUCGCUGCAUUUUAAACACAGUUAGGAUAAUUGCUAGCUAAAUGAUCCGGUACGAGGCGCGAGUUUCUUCUGAAACAGCCAGUAGAAUAAGACCAUACAUAUUUUUAAACGAAAUUUUCUACCCAAGUUUUUAAUCCCUUCGGCGGAUUGUGAUCUCCAGUUUUUUUAUGUUUUUUUAUUCUCUUAAAUCAAUCCAUUGAUUAGAAGAAAGUAUAAUCGACCAAACUCAUCGUUAGCUAAAAUUUAGCGUAGAAUGGAGGAAAAAGAUGUUUUUAACCCAAAGUGAAUGUGAUUAAUUUUUUUUUGUUCUUAAAAAUAUUCUACUCAGCAUUGGAUUUCUAAGCAUUACGUACGAAAUUAUUCGUAGCUUUCUUUUUAUUUUUGCUUUAAGUGUAAAUGUCUAAAAGAUUUCUCUUACAUACAUAUAAAACUUUAAAUAAGGCAAGUGUUUAGCAGAAUUUGAAACGUCCAACGAAAUUGGAACUGCACGAGAAGCCAUAAUCUUACAUAAGUUCUCUCCAUGGAAAGGGUUAUUAGUUUAGUGUUUUCUUUUUAAAAAAUCUCAUUGUUGUUGUCAUAAGUGCGGAAUAAAAUGUUGUUAACUUCAAGAGAACGUUUCUGCCAAUCUUAUAAAGAUGAUCAUAGAAUGGUUUAACAGUGGAACGUAAAUAUAAAAAUAAGAAAAAACAAGUGCCGAUAUAAACUUUAACCUUUAAGUUAACUCUAUUUUAUCAUGCUAGUAAAGUGAGUUUUAGUCCCAGGAAGCCAUCGAAACGUGGAUGAUUGCAGUAUUACAUGGUGAGAGUGUAACGUUGAUCUUUAAGCAUUUAACGUGGGUAAUGACCAAUAUUUCGUUAAAUUUUACAAGUAAACUUUUCAACGAAUAAUUAAAAACAAAUCAAUUUGAAGCACUCAAAUUUGCUUUAAUGAACCAAUAGGAAGUCAAAGUAAGAAAAACAAAAUAUUCAUAUAGGUAAUUGAUUUGUUUUUAUCAAAUUGGGAUUCGGAAUUUUGAAUAACACGAA